AUCAGCAACAGCAACAGCAUCAGCAGUAGCGAUAAUUUGUUCCCACGAUCAAAACCUGUCAUUGUCUCUCUCAUUUUAAACCAAAAAGUCUUCUAUUCCCUUACUUUUUUCUUUUGCCUUUCUUUUCCUACUGUUCCUUACUCGCACACAACACAUGCUUUCCUUCAAACAUACAACACGUAAAGCACUACCAUUGAUUUUGAAAAGAACGUAUGCUGCUGCAACUCCUUCUGUAAAUGAUGGUAUCCAACAAGGUGUAGCACAUUCAUUUUUGCUCAAAAAGAAUUCUGAAGAAGUCUUUCGAUCACCUGAACUAGCGCAACUGAGUACUUUCAGCAGUGAGACGAAAAAGAUGAACUUAUUCCAAGCUGUCAAUGACGCCAUGUCCAUUGCUUUGACUACGGACGAUAAAGCUGUGGUCUUUGGCGAGGAUGUCUCCUUUGGCGGUGUGUUCAGAACAACGACUGGUUUGGCGGAGAAAUUUGGUCGAGAACGCGUAUUCAAUGCACCUCUCACAGAGCAAGGCAUCGCAGGAUUUGCAAUAGGUAUGGCAUCAGUAGGACACACUGCCAUCGCCGAAAUACAAUUUGCAGAUUAUAUAUUCCCAGCUUUUGACCAGAUCGUCAACGAAGCAGCUAAAUACAGAUAUAGAUCAGGGAACUUAUUCAACGUUGGAGGAUUAACCAUUCGUACACCUUGCUCUGCAGUGGGUCAUGGCGCUCUCUAUCAUUCACAAAGCCCUGAAGCUUUCUUCAGUCAUUGUCCCGGAUUAAAGUUAGUGACACCACGAGGCCCGAUUCAAGCAAAAGGCCUCUUAUUAGCUUCUAUUCGAGAUCGCAAUCCUGUCAUCUUUUUCGAACCCAAAAUACUUUACCGUGCUGCUGUGGAAGAAGUGCCUGUAGCAGACUACGAGCUUCCUUUAGGAAAAGCUGAGGUUAUAAAAAAGGGAACGGAUGUAACCAUCGUUGGCUACGGAUCCCAGAUAUAUACUUUGGAAAACGCGAUUCAGCUUGCAGAGAAAAAGAUGCCCGGGCUUAGCUGUGAACUGAUCGACUUACGCACCAUCUUACCAUGGGAUGUGGAUACAGUUGUUGAAUCUGUAAAGAAGACAGGAAGACUGGUGAUAUCACAUGAAGCACCCAAAUCAGGCGGUGUAGGAGCAGAAAUUGCUUCUACAGUAAUGGAGCAUUGUUUUUUGAAUUUGGAGGCGCCGAUACAAAGAGUGUGUGGUUGGGAUACACCCUUCCCGCUGGUUUAUGAAAAAUUCUACAUACCUAGUAUGAUAAGAUGUUUUGAUGCUAUUAAAAACGUCAUGAAUUAUUGACAAAACCCAGAAUAAAUAGAUUUGAUUGGCGGGAUCAUUGCCUUUCAAUUUGUACAAGUCC